AAUAGAAAAUUAUGCAUUUCUUGCCUUUCCCUCAGAAUAUAUAAUCUCCAAAUUUAUAUUCUACUGAAUAUGCAAUCACAAAAUCUAAAAAUAUGCACCUAGUGUCCUAGUUUGAAUGAUAUUAAUGUCAUCAUAUCGAUAUUCGAUUUUUCGCCCGCUAUAUUGGAAUACACCAGUUGCAUUUAUGCGCGUGAUUUAUGUGCAGAGAUUAUUCUUGCCUUAUCAUAGCGCACAUAUAAUGUGUACAUAGGAUAUCAGGAUAUCACGAAGGGUAUCGAUGCGGGCAAAUCAGUAUCGAUGAACGAGACGGCGGAUGCUGCGACGAUAUAAUGGCAUCCAGGAAGCCGACAAAAUACGACGACUCGUAAAAAUCACGAAAUGGAACUGCGUAAAAGCUCUUGGAAGAUUCUAAUCCUCGUGUGCGCGUUGGCCAUCUACCUAUGGAUGCUCCUCGUCGAUCAUUCGCACAUGCUAGCUGACAUAUCGCAGAAGAUCACUCUUCAGAAAACGCGGAUCUCCGCGUCCGCGAAAAAUAUUCUGUACCAGAAUCUCGAUCAAUCGAAGCUCGAGGAUGCAUCUCCGAAUGAUUCAAACUUGAAAAAACUACAGUCGCUUUCGUCGCAGAAUUCGAGCGACGCGCUUAAAGGAAACGCAUUGAAAUAUCAGACGUUCAAGCAACAAAGUUUGAUACCAAGCCGACAAUUGCCGACCGCUCUGAUAAUUGGGGUGAAAAAAGGCGGAACGAGAGCCCUUUUGGAAUUCCUCAGAUUGCAUCCAGCAAUUCGCGCUGCCGGCUCGGAGGUCCAUUUCUUUGAUCAUCAUUAUGUUAAAGGAUUUCGUUGGUACAAACGCAGAAUGCCCCCGACUCUAAUCGGUCAAAUCACCAUGGAGAAGACGCCGUCAUAUUUCGUGACGAGCGAAGUGCCGAAGAGGGUGAAGCACAUGAACCCGGGGAUGAAGCUAAUCGUCGUGGUGAGAGAUCCCGUGACCCGGGCGAUUUCCGAUUACACGCAGGUGAAGAGCAAGCGUCGCAAGAUGCCGCGAUUCGAGGAUCUGGCUUUUUUGAACGGAUCAAGGAUCGUGGACACUUCCUGGGUGCCACUGAGGAUCGGGGUUUACGUGCGGCAUCUCGAAAGAUGGUUGCAAUACUUCCCGCUGUCGCAAUUUUUAUUCGUGUCGGGCGAACGCCUGAUCGCUGAUCCGGUGAUGGAGAUCACCCGGGUACAGGACUUCCUUGGACUGAAACGAGUGAUAAGCGAAAAACACUUCUACUUCAACGCCACCAAAGGCUUCCCUUGCUUGCUCAAGUCGGAAGAUCGCGCGACGCCGCACUGUCUCGGGAAAAACAAGGGACGCAGUCAUCCAUACAUCGAUCCCCUGGCGAUUCAACGUUUACGAGAUUUCUAUCGGCCUUUCAAUCAACGCUUCUAUCAAUUGGCGGGGAUGGAUUUCGGCUGGUACUAAAAACCUACACGUAUCGUAUACAUAUCGUAUACAUAUCGUAAGCAGGAAAACGAAACGAAAGUCAAUUUUCAUUAUAUAUCUAAAUACUUACAGUAUCUGUCACACGUGUGUGAAUAUAUUUGCAAUCUGAACUCUGAUAAAUGCAUAUACAUAGUUACAUCAGAACGCGUUAUUAUAGUAUUCGCAAAAAAGUUUUCUCAAAUUUUGUUUUUAUUUUCUUUAAUUUUUCUUCUAAAUUUCGAAAGACUCUCUCUUAAUAUAUAUUAUUAAUUUAAUAUACCGAUAAAUAAUAUCUGUAAGAACUACAUAUAUGGAAAUUUGUUUGCUUAUUAUGUUUGCUUAUUUGUGAAAUAACUUUGUCUAGAUUCGAGUAUUUAUAUAAGAUUGAGUUGCAAUGUAUAAACACAAAAUUGUUAAGUAUAUUAGAUUUAUAUCAUAUUAUUAUAAAAGUAACAGAAAAAAUGAUUACUAUAUAUAUGCUAUCUGUUAAAAUUAUAAGCAGUAUACGGUUCCCGUCCGAGAGUUCUACGAAAAACCGCCACAUAUCUAUAUUUCCUAUAUUAUUAUAAUAUAUUAUAAUAAUUAUGAUGUUUUU